AUGAUAUUCAAUUACUAUAUGAUUGGUUUGAUAAAUUUUCAAUUAAAAUGGAUCAUAGAUUUCGUUGUUCAUUAGUAUCGACCACAAACAACAACAACAACAACAACGAUUCGAAUACAAUGAUGAAUGUCAUGCAUUUACGACCAACAAUCGACGGCUGUAAUCAAUAUGAUGGUAUAUUUUGGCCAAAAUCAUUAAAUGAUUUUCAACGAUUAAAUAUUUCACCAUUAAAAUGUAAUCUUAAUCAAACCGAUAUACAAAUUGUUUUGAAUAAUUUUACACCAUUCUGUCGAAUGAUUGAAAAUGGUACGGAAAUACAAAUGACAACAUCAGUGGAAAAAUAUAUUAUCGAUACAAUGGCAGAAAAAUUUAAUUUUCAUCCAAAAUUUAUUGAUGCAAAACAAAAUUGGGGUAAAUUUGUGAAUGGUACUUGGACAGGUUCGGUUGCAUAUCUUGUCAAUGAGACUGGUGAUCUAGCUAUGGGUUCAAUAUCGGUUCUAUAUGAACGUCUUAAAUUUAUUGAAUACAGUGAUGUUUAUCUAAUCGAUGAAGUAGGAUUCAUAUCAAGAAUUCCAAAAUUAAAAACAAGAGAAUGGCUUGUAAUUGAACCAUUUACAUGGCCAGUAUGUCGAUCAACAAACCAAUGUUCUCAAUACAAGAAUUUAUGA